CGCCGCGUAGUACCGAUCUCGCAAUUCGCAAUCCUCGGCAGUCCUUUUGACAUCGUCGCUUGUUGUCAUAAUCGUCUUUCUAGAGAUCGUGUGUCCACCUCUACAAUCCACAUAUAUCUGCAGACGGUGAAGUUAAUCGACGACCAAACUACCACUGGAAAAGAUAAUCGUUGCUACAUUGGCGGGAAAGAACCACAUCUUGAUAUCUGUUUGCUCCGCAAACGUCUAUCGUCCCGGCGAAAGAAAUAAUUCGUACCGGUUCCAGCAUCCCAAACUAGCUGUGACAGUUUAUAAGGAGAGAGAUUUUUCUAAGUAAGCAUGGCGCCGAAUAUAACCAGCACACCGACGGGAGUGCUCUUCGAGGGCGAGACUGUGGCCGAGCCGCAACUGGAGGAACCUAAAGAAACACCAAAAUAUGUUAGACGCAUCGUGUGGAGAAACGUGGCGAUUUUCGCGUUCUUACAUCUUGGAGCUCUUUACGGAGUUUAUCUAUCUUUUACGUCUGCCAAAUUGGCGACUGUCAUUUUCGCAAUCUUUUUAUAUCAAUGUUCGGGCUUUGGAAUCACAGCCGGAGCUCACAGAUUAUGGGCACAUAGAUCCUACAAAGCCAAGUGGCCUCUUCAGUUGCUGCUCAUGAUUUUAAAUACUAUAGCAUUCCAGGAUGCUGCGAUCGACUGGGCCAGAGAUCACAGGGUUCACCACAAGUACAGCGAGACCGAUGCCGAUCCACAUAACGCUAAGAGAGGUUUCUUCUUCUCGCAUGUAGGAUGGCUACUUUGUAAGAAGCAUCCGGAAGUCAAGGAAAAGGGCAAGGGAAUCGACUUGAGUGACCUCGAAAGCGACCCUAUAUUGGCAUUUCAAAAAAGAUAUUAUAUCAUGCUGAUGCCAUUGCUAUGCUUCAUUUUACCCACUAUCAUUCCGGUUGUGUGUUGGAACGAAACGUGGACGAAUGCUUACUUCAUUCCUACCGUUUUUCGUUAUAUCUUCACAUUGAAUAUGACGUGGCUAGUAAACUCUGCGGCGCAUCUCUUCGGCAACAAACCUUAUGAUAAAUUCAUCAAUCCGUCAGAAAAUAAAAGCGUCGCUUUCUUCGCUCUUGGAGAGGGUUGGCAUAAUUACCAUCACGUGUUUCCCUGGGAUUACAAGACAGCCGAGUUCGGCAAGUACAGUCUCAACUUUACCACGGCCUUCAUCGACUUCUUCGCGAAAAUCGGUUGGGCUUACGAUUUGAAGAGUGUGUCUGAGGAUAUGGUGAAGAAACGGGUAGAGAGAACGGGCGAUGGCAGCCACGAAUUAUGGGGUUGGGGUGACAAAGAUCAGACGCAAGAAGAGAAGGACGAGGCGAUAGUUACGCAUCAUCACAUGAAGGAGCAAUAAAAAUGCGCGGUUAAAGUCUUUUGGUUAGAAUUUAAAGUUUCUUUCCACAUUCGUUUACGACGACUAUUUGUUUGUAUAGAUUUCACAAUAAUUCCAUAAAAGGUGCAUUCGAUUAAGCCAGCCUUCCAGGACUUACAUCUCGACGUCGCGUAU